UCCCACAUGGGGGGUUUCCCAGGGUAUAAAAGGGACUUCCCCUCGGAAAGAGGCAUGGCAAAGUUUUGGUAAAAAUAGCAGAGAUUUCAAAUAUACAUAAAGUUUGACAUCACACGAUGUCAGUAGCGGGCAGUAGGUUGCAUCGUCUUGGUUCGGUUUAUUCUCGAACAAAGGAUUUGAUUCGUUCGAAAGUUCUACCUUACGAGGAGCGCCCACUAUGGUACGACGUGUACGAAGCUUUCCCCCCAAUAAGGGAACCUGUGUAUGAAGCAGACACCCCCCCGGAUAAACUCGGGUUGGUGGAUGUAGAAGAUAAUGUGAGGGAGGUUCUGUAUGAAGAGGAUUGGGUGCGAGCAAAUGUGAAUGGUGUCAACUUCUACUCAUCGUUAAACAACAAAACUAUAUCUUCCUUAUUCACUGAGUUGACGGGAAAACAUAAAGAAAGGAAAAACUUUUGUUACAGGUUUGUAAAAAAGUUUCAAGAAAUCCAGAAAUUAAACAAUGGGUUAAACAAUGAGCAAUUGUUUCGUAUGACCGAACAAGAGAUGAAAGAUGCCAUCAAUGAAUUAAAGGAACAAUAGACAUUGUUAGUGAUAAUCGUAUCUACUAUGACUUCACAAUAUUAGCGUUGAAUUAUUUUCUAGAAUAUCAAAAAAUUAUCAGAUUUCUAUGAAUACUAAUUUACACUGAGUCGACCUUAUGUCACAAUGGGGGAUUGUGUUACAUUGUAUUGUGUAACAAUGCUUAUUAUCGGGUAAUAAACAACUAUCCAAGAAA